AUGGGUAUUUCUAACAUACCUUUAUGGUACUCAGGGAAAUCGGGGAAAUGUGUGAAGAGUGAUAAUAAAAAGCUAGAGUUGGAACAAGGAAUGCCUCCUCGUCGUGAGACACGCAACUCUGGUCGUCGUAAUGGUGGUGGACCAAAUGAGCCUGAUCCAAAUAUCGUAGCUGCUAUCACUCAGGCCUUUACUGCUAUGUUGCCUGCACUUGUUCAGGCCGUACGUGGUCCUGAUCCGAAUCCGAAUCCUAAUCCGAACCCUAAUCCCAAUCCUAAUCCGAACCCUAAUCCCAAUCCUAAUCCGAACCCUAAUCCCAACCCAAAUCCAAACCCAAAUGGUGCAAUUGGGGAUUGGCUAGAUAAGUUCAUAAAACAGAAACCGAGAUCUUUCACAAAGGCAACCACUCCAAUUGUAGCAAGGGAUUGGAUUGCUCAUAUCGAGAAAAUAUUUCGGGCGUUAGGAGUUGGCGAUGAAUUUAAAUCGAGAUUAGCAUCGUAUAAACUAGAAGAAGAUGCGCAAACUUGGUGGGAAGGUGUAUUGGAGGAAAGAGGAGGAGACCCAUUUGUGGAGAAUUUACCUUGGGCAGAUUUUCGUGCUAUUUUCUUCGAAAAAUAUUUUAACAGCGUGGAUAAGAGUUCUUACACACGAGAGUAUCACAAUAUCCGUCAGAGGAAUGACGAACCACUUUCUGACUUCACUGAUCGAUUUUAUCGACUAGUUGGAUUUCUUGGGUCAGCUGCUGGAACACCAGAGGAACAAGCAGAGAAAUAUCAAUGGGCAGUUUGUGAUCGGAUUCGUAGAGCAAUCAUCCAGUCAACGUUCCCUACUGUUGCAGAGGCCGCUAAGGCUGCCAAAAAGGUUGAUAUGGAGAACAAAGAAUUUUUGGGUGGUUCCAAUAAUAGUAGGAAGAGAAACAGAGACGAAUACCGCACUCCGUUCACUAGUGAGUCAUCUCAAGCACCUACUCGAAAUAAUCAAAUCAAUAUGGGGAAUAGGUCAUCGGGAAGGAAUAAUAGACCAUGGCAGGGAAGGGGCCAAAAUCAGGGUCAGAUCAAACCCUACCAGCCACCAACCCAAGCUCAACCUGUAAACCAGAGAGGUAACCAGAACCCUACUCAGCCUCCAGUGUGUAACCAUUGCAACAAGCGUCACCCAGGCGUCUGUCGUCGACUUACUGGGGCUUGCCUUAAGUGUGGAGAUAUGGGGCAUAAGAUUAGUGAGUGCCCAAAGGCUGGUAACCGACCAACUGAUACCACUAGGGGAGCUACUGUGCCACCUACUACUGGAGGGCGUGUUUUCUCAUUGACUGCAGGGGAAGCUGCUAAUGCUCCAGGUACCGUUUCGGGUAGUAUUUAUUUGGGUGAGCGUGACUUGUAUGUGUUAUUUGAUACUGGGGCAACCCACUCGAUAGUCUCACAACUAAUUGCCCGACAUCUUAAAAUUUCGCCUUCUCCAUUGGAUCAAGCUUUAGUUAUUUCUACACCAAUGGGAAAUCCUUCGGUUAUUACUCACGUCUAUAAGGAUUGCCCGCUUGUGAUCGAAAAUGUUAUUCGUAUAGCGAAUCUUUAUCCCAUGCAAAUGGGAGAUUUUGAUGUCAUACUAGGCAUGGAUUGGUUAUCCACGCAUCGCGCUACCAUCGAUUGCCAUUCCAAACGAGUCAUUUUUGGUGAUAUUCUGAAUCCUGAAUGUAUUUAUCAAGGAUCUCAACCUCGAAAAUCCAUUAAAAUCAUCUCUGCUCUUAAAGCUCAAAAACUUAUAUCCCAUGGAUGCGUGGGAUUCUUAGCUGCUAUUAAAGAUACCACAGUGGAUACACCACGUGUCGAAAACGUUCCUAUUGUUCGAGACUUCUCUGAUGUCUUCCCAGAAGAAUUACCAGGGAUACCACCUGAACGUGAAGUUGAGUUCACUAUUGAUUUGAUUCCCGGAGCUGAACCUAUUUCUAAAGCACCCUAUCGUAUGGCCCCAUUGGAGUUGAAGGAAUUGAAAGAACAGCUGCAAGAACUUUUGGAACUUGGAUUCAUUAGACCUAGUGUUUCACCUUGGGGAGCACCGAGGAGAGCAUGA